CUGACCCACACUGCUCAUACAAAGUCACUUCUCGUGCUUCACUAAGUGAUGCGGCAAGCAGAUUCUUUUUAUUGUGCUCAUCAGAGAUUCUUGGUUUCAUGGUGGCCAUAAUGUUUUUUGGCAUGAUGCGUCAGACGUCAGCAUGGGAGUGUGAUUCUUCUGUGCCAUCCAUUUUGUCAGCCAUAGAGUCUAAUCUUGGACUCCCAAAGGCAUUCAUGUUUCUUUGCUUCAUGCCAAUACUUGUAUUUUUUGCCUUUUUAAUUUCCAUGACGGAGCAAAAACCACCAUUUGGGACCUUCUUAUUGGUUACUAUUAUCUGCUACAUAGUUGCUAAUGGUUUAACAAUUUUGUUGAUACUAAGUUCAAAAUUGUUUCUGUAUGCGGUUGCCAUUCUACAUGUCUUCAUUAAAAGACGAUGGCAAUCAUGGGGGAAUGGUGCUCAAUCAGCAUUUCUUCGCCAAUUCCUCAGUUUCUCCUUCUCAUUUCAGUCACUGAAGAUUGUGCAGAUGCUUAGGAACAAUCCAAAUAUAAUUGUAGCAGCUGCUACAUUACCACUCGUCUGUUUGGUUCAUCCGGCUAUUGGCCUUGUUCUGCUACUUCUGUCUCACGCUUUCCAUGCUCAUUCAAAUCUAUGCAGUUUUUUAGCAGCUUCUUUUCGUAGCAUAACUCAGAAAAAGGACCUGUACAAGUCCAAGAUGGGUGAUGGUCCAGUUCUACUAUCCAAAAGUAAAUCAGAUGGGCUCCAGCAACUACUGCCAAUGGAUGAUAGCCCAACAGCUUCUAAAAGCUUUACCGACAGUCAACUAGAACUGUUUGAUUAUCGGCAUGGUAUAAUGAUCUUGCAUCUUUUAAGCACACUCAUGUUUGUGCCUUCACUUGUUGCCUGGCUACAGAGAAUUGGUAUGGGACAGAAUUUUCCCUGGUUCAUCGAUUCUGCUAUUUGCGUUGGUGUUAUACUGCAUGGACUUUUUGGAUCCCAACCAAAUGUCAGCUGCUGCAUAUUUUUCAAGUUACCUGGGUGGAGAGGCCGUGAAGUUGGUCUGAGUUUCCUAUACCUCGUGGGUGGCUAUUAUUCCUUUGUCAGCUCCAUGGCGUUGGCACCUUAUAGGGCCUUGUAUGCCAUGGCGGUCAUUGGUUAUAUAUGUUUCAUUUCCAGAAUUAUUGAGAGAAGGAAUAUGGUAAGGGGUGACAUUAGCUCUAGGAGGAGUCGGAAGCACUCACACAGACACUGACACACUAUGGAAAAUGUAAUUUUGUUGUAUAGUGGAACUCAGAACCCAUUAGUGUAUCAUUAGCUCAUCGUUUUGGAUUUACAGUUUCAAACCGCAAAGCAUUGAUUCCGUGUGGAUUGUUGAGGCCGGUUUUGGGAGUGAAAAAAGGUGGAUUCUUUGUUCAGUUUUGGCCAUCUAUGUGAGAAUCAGAUUUAACUGAAAGAUGAGGUUUGACGAUUAGCCUUCAUAAAGUGUGAAGUGUCAGCUGCGGCUGCAACGACGGAAGAGUUUAGCUCAUCUGAAUGUGGAAUCUGUAUUGGUCUUGUGGUCGAUGUGGGUUCAGAGGGCACCGUGUAGAGUUGCAUGAGAUAAGCUAAUCAUUUGUAAGAAAUAGUGAAAUGGGGUUGAGUUUCCUCCAAUCCAAGUUACCCCCUUCUCGAUGCCUCCAGUCUUGUUUACAUUCAUGUGAUCGUCGAUGGCCAUAGUUGUGAAAGUUGAUAUCAGAUACGGCUAUCCUUUGUGUUGGUCGAAGGCUUCAUAAAGCUCUAGGCUUGUUUGGUUGAGCUAUGAUUUUUGUGAAAAAACUGACGUGCGCUGCAGAAAAGCUGCUGUGAGUAUUGGGAGUUGAGAGUUGUAAAAAAAAAGUUGAAAUCCAUUUGGUUGGCGCAGCUAUGAAACCGUAGGUUGUGUAUGAAAUACUUGUAAUAUCCUCAAAGCACCCUGCAGAUUUGAGAGAUUAUUUAUAUGCAAAUUGCUCCUAAAAACCUACCUUCACUCGUUCGCAUGUAAAUGACUAUUUCAUCAGAAAGAAAAAAACUUGAUUUUUGUAA